GACCGAGCCUCGACUGUGCGCAGCGCUUAAGCCAUCGCGCAGCCGCUCCUGCUGCUCUACCAAACCACCUUUGGUCUAGCCGUAAGCGAGACCGCCAGAGCCGCCGCACGCACCCAGCCUUUGCCGUUGCGGUGCCUUCCUCGCGCUUCUUCCUUCCUUCCUUCCUUCCUUCCAUUUAUUUAUUUAUUUAUUUAUUUUAAAAGGACUGGCGGGGAGAGAACAAUCCAGGAAGUGACAAGUCUAUUUCCUCUCUCCGGGAGGAUCGGUCCACAGCAUUGUAGUUGCAGCAGGGGAGUCUCUGUACAGUCCUUGCAAACGACCGUACUUUGGGUUCCAUCCCGGAUGCGCCCAAUGGAGGGCUUGGAAGUGGGGGCUUCCUCUUACUAGCCACCGGCCUGGAGUAGGAGGGGAUUGUGGCAGAAGCCAUCUCUGCUGACUAAGGAAACAAAGAGCGGCACUGAAGGACCUUGGAGAUCUGUGCAUUUCAAAGAAAGUGACAAUUUGGGGCGAUUUCUGUCAAGCCAUCCAGUUUAUAAAACAGAUGGGAAUUAAUUCUAUUGAACCUUUCUUCUGGGAGAAUGCACUGAAUCAGAGGUUGUGCCUAAUAUGGCUAAUUGUGACCUUUACUUCUACUGGAAUGGACCCCAAUGCAUGACUUUGUUACCAUGGUGAUGAUCUUAACUACAACUCUGGAAAACAAAGGUGCUGAUUCUCUAUCAUGCAGGGCUGAGCUGCACACUCCAAAGAAGAUGAGUCAAGGACCCACUCUCUUCUCUUGUGGAAUUAUGGAAAAUGACAGAUGGAGAGAUCUCAGCAGGAAAUGUCCCCUUCAGAUCGAGCAGCCAAGCACCAACAUUUGGGACUGCCUGCCUGACAAAAGCGAAGAAAGCUCCAUAUGGCAGAGAGAAGCAGCUAGCACAUGCUCAGUGACCAACCUGAUCAAAGAUCUCAGUCUCAGUGACCGCAAUGGCAACCCCUCAGCACCUCCCAGCAAACGCCAAUGUAGGUCACUUUCCUUUUCGGAUGAAAUGUCUAGCUGCAGGGCUUCAUGGAGGCCUAUGGGGUCAAAAGUCUGGACUCCAGUAGAAAAGAGACGGUGUUAUAGUGGAGGAAGUGUCCAGCGCUACUCCAAUGGAUUCGCAACCAUGCAGAGGAGUUCAAGUUUUAGCUAUCCUUCCCGGUCAAACACACUUUCUUCGUCCUAUGAACCAUCUGGAUUUAGCAACAGAUUUGGAUGUCAGCCGUGCCAAGGAAUGAGGAGGUCAGCCACUUAUGGACAAACAAGUGAUAUCUGGGGAAACGAUCACAGUUCAGUAGAAAGUGGCAGGGUUGACAUCCAGCGAUCACUCUCCUGUUCCCAUGAUCAGAUUUCCUUUUCGGAAUAUUGUCUGCCUUCAGCAAACAGCACCCCGGCCUCAACACCAGAGCUCACAAGGCGCUCCAAUGGGCUUUCCAGAAGCCGGUCCCAGCCAUGUGUCCUUAAUGACAAGAAGGUUGGAAUUAAACGAAGGUGGCCUGAAGAAGUUAAGGAACAAAGACCUUCACUGGACCUUGCCAAGAUGACCCAGAAUUGUCAAACUUUCAACAGCCUUAGCUGCCUUAGCUCCAUGGUGGAUGAUUCCGCUCGGCAGAAUCAGUUCUCUCCUGGAAUCAGCAGCACCAAGCCAUGGACAACCACCUCGCUUUGCACCUUGGAUGUCAUGCCAGGCAGGACACCAGCCUGCACCCCUGUGCCAGAGCCUCACUCCAAUGCGGAAGAAUGUAAAGCUAGCAAAGAAGAGGACUUCUCCUAUGAGGAGUCAGAGUAUUGUGCCACAGAAGAUGAGAGCAGUAGGAAAGAAGAUGAAAACUCCUCGUGGAGGAACUGUGGGACCGGGGGGGAGAAUGUCUUUCAUUUGGAUGGUGAAUUAGAUAUUGAGCAAAUAGAAAACAACUGAGCAUACAACAUGGAGUAUCUGCCUGCAUCAAAGCUUUUAGAAGGGGUAAAAUCUCACAGGUGUUAAUGUAGGCAGAGAAGGAAGUCCACAUUCUCCUCUUCCUUGGCAGGUGGGAGAGGACGAGAAGCUUUGCCAAAAUUUCAUCAGGUAUCUUGUUAAACCUUGAAACUCUUUAGAACUACUGUAGCCCAUGAGGUUUUGCAAACAAGCUUUAGAGAAAGCAUCAAACGACAUCCGCACAUUAAAAAAUACAUUUGCAGAUGUAUCAAAACUUGAAAUUGUGCAACGUUUGAGUAACAGCAUUAAAAAAAAAAUUGUGUCUGGAAUAGGGCUCAAACAAAACAACCAAUCAGGAAGACAAAUUCUGGUUUUCAUUCACAAGUAGAUAAUGUUCUGUAUAGGAGAGACAGCUCGCUCAUCCUCUGUCUCGUGGAUCCUGAUCCACUUUGGCUUUGGGAGAGAGUGGUGUUUUUUUCUUUCUUUCUGGCUGAUGUUGAUUCUAAACUGCACCUUCUCACUAUCCUUAUCAAAGGGGUGAGGGCAGGUGGAGAUUACCAGUGCUUUCUGAAUUAGUUUUCUGCUGAAUUAUCUUUCAGUUUGCAUAUCUGGAAGAUCUCACAAGCCAAUCUUUGCAGUCCUCCUCUGCAGAGUCAAAAAUCUGUACUGCAGAGGCUCAAUCUUUUUUAUUCUGCAGGCACCAGUAGUGUCAUGAAAAGAAAGCACAAUGCCCUUGCUUGCCCUGAUCCAUGGGCAAAGGAGCCUUUGAUGCUUACAGCCUAUCUCUCACCCCUUCUUCCAAAAGCCCUUUCUACUUGUAUAAAUACACAUUUGCAUGAAUGUUAAUCUGGUCCCCAUUGAACUGACUGGAUGCAUCUUUCAAGGCAGAUGGGGCUUCAUACCCCUACUGGGGCCCUAUCAGUUGCAUGCAGCUAGAGUUGCAUUGAUGCCAUUGUCUUGGGGAGGAGGGGCAUUUAAAACACGUGUGCAUCCAGAAAUGAAAAGAAAUGGUAGUGCUACAUUCAGAAGGCAAAACUUGUAUUUGGGAUACAUGGUAUGAGACAAGAGGACAACAGUAAGGGUUAGAGAGUUGUGGAUGUUCUUGAGAUUAGUGUUUGACAUCUAAAAAGGAUCAUAAAAACCAUUUUUAACCUGGAGUGGACAACAUAUGGUCUCUUACCUGCAUUUUGUGCAGCCUGUCACUUCCACUUGGCACCUGACAUCUUCCCUUGCACUCUCCUUUUGUGGCAAACCAUAGGUUGCCAUUGCACCCAAGCCAGUUAACUGCUCGAACCAUGGUUUGCAGUUCUUAUUUGGAGAGCAAGCGCUAACUAUAGACUGGUAGUUUGGAUAGAACCUGUGGUUUGAUUAUGUUCCACAGUGAAAAGGGAGGGAAUAAGAGCAUGCAAGGGAAACAGAGAGUGUGUAAGCCUAAAGCUGGCUCAUGUAACACCAUUACAUGUGAACUCGGACAUUGUGGCAUUUCAGUUUGAAUCUAUAGGAACCUAUUCUCGAAGUUUGUGUAGAUUUGCGAGAUCUGUGGCCAUCAUGAAUGGAUUCACAUGUAAAUGGUGACAAAAACACCAUGUGCGACAUGAUGGGGUUGUGGGUCCGCAAGAACCCUUUCAUGUCCCUGCACAGAAGACUUCUUUCUGCAGCAGACCAAGGACUGAAGGGGAGAGGGGAGCGAUCUUUGCAUUUCACCCCUUCUUCCAAAAGCCCUUUCUACUUGUAUACAAAUGUUCCUGCGGGCCGUGCAAUCCUUAGGAAGAGAUUUAUACAAUUGGAAAGGGCUUUUGGAUGGAGGGCUGGUGGGUCAUUCUCUCUGCAACUAAUCCGCUAUGAAGGGUUGUGCAUCAUGUUUCCCUGUUUAAGUAGAUAAAAGACUUCCUUGUCCAGCCAUUGUUAGUAUAUGGAACUAUCUCACUGCUGCUAGCCUGGGAUAGAAUGGUGACCUCCCACAUGUGUGGAGCCCCUUUACAUGGGAAAACCUCCCAGGUGCCCAUCACAUAGUUUAGCCAUACACGCAAUAUGGAGUGCAACUGGGAAUUUUUUCAGCGAUGCGUGUCGUGUGGAACUUGGCCCAGGCUGUAACAAGGAGGAUACAAAAUGCAGCUUGGGAUGCUGAUGUUCAGGUGGCAGCACUGCAGAGCUUCCUUCCACCUGCCUCACUGAUGGUAGUGAAUAAUGAGUGUGUGCAAUUUAGCACAUAUAACUCGGUCAUAUAAGCUGUUCACUUAACUACAUGGAAACAAAUAUCUUGAUUUCCCAAAAGGGGCAGGGGCAGGGAAAGGAGAUGCAAUUUUUAAGAACACCCUAUUUUUACUGCACUUUUUUUCUACAGUGGUACAGAUGCUUGUGGCAUCAAAUACUGCAGUAGAUUCCAUCCAAGCUGUAGCUUUACAAGUGUCCAGUCAAACUGCACAGAUUUUUUUUUGUUUGUUUGUAUGUUGGUUUUUGUCUUUUCCUCCCUAUCUGAUGCUCCCAUAAAGUGCAAGCCAAACCCCCCAUAAUAUAAUACAUAAUAAUAGCAUAGGGAGUGAAGGGAUUGCUUUAAUUCUGAAUGUUCUGGAGUAUGCAUUUUGGUGCCAUGAACCAACCUGUAGCCUUGGUAUUCUCAAAGAGCGGAUCUCUUUGCAUGCUCACACAGUUUGUCGGAUGCAUGCCAAAUUGAGAUGCACUGCUGGUUUCAGAAGUGGUAGAGCAGGUGUUCACCUUGAUGAACUGUCCAUGGGCUCAGUUCAGAACGGGAUCUCCUAAAAUGAGCUAAAUUUGGCUAGAUUUGAAUGGGCUUGAAUUAGCUCGUUUUAGGCUUGCGUUCAUUCUGAGCUUUAAAUCUCAUCACACUUCUGAUGAUGUCAUUAGGCGAAUGGUUUCCCUUCUAGUCCUCUCACAACUUUCGUCUGCUGUCCCACUUCUUUUUCAUCAAAAUUUACUUGAUAGCAGUGAUGGUCUUAAUUCGGUGGCAGCAGCAGCAUUGGGUACACCAAGACCCUGAGAAAUGUAGUUUCACCGCACACUCUGCGUUUAUAGGAGCCCUUAGAGACUACAGUCCCCAAGAAUCCUAGUGUCCAGGAAACAUAUGUGUGCAUUCUCUGUUGCACAUGGACACCAAAUUUGUGCUGGGCUCCUGAAUCUUUGAAACCCAGGAGCCCUAGGAAGUUCAAGUUCCCAUGGGUUUUGGUGCCCACAAUAUUGCAUUGCAGGGCGUGUCAGCCAGUAUAUGGUUCAGCCCUGAACAACCAGCCUUAGCUUAGUGCAAGCUGUAGGCUAUAUAAGAUUGCACACAAUGGCAUAUACACACAUAAACUUCCUUACUAUUAAAAGCAUGUGUUGGUUGUGCAACACUGAUGCACUUCAAAAAAGGCCUAGCAGAAAUUAUCUUUUUGAUAGUUGUCGCUUGCUUUGAAUUGUGACGGAAGUUUGGGUAGAUCUGAUCAGCAAUGCUAGAAAAAUCCGUUAUUCCAAUAUGUUGUAGCCAUAUUGGAGCCAAGAGUCUGAUGGUAUAUUGUGUAAUAAGGUCAUCUAUGGCACGGGUUCCAUGGCACAUAGGGCUGUUAACUAUCUCAUACAGGGUGUUAGAACCACAAUUCUUCCUUUCAUAGUUUAUUCUGAUUUUUUUCUACACAGAACAAGUGCUCAUUCUCUGCCUUUUCCCAAUAACUCUCUUUUUAUAAGCCCCUCUGCAGUUCAUAAUCCUCCUCAUGCAAUAUUGCACCAACUGGAUUGCUGAGCGAGUUCCAAAUACUCCCUGUUUCUUAUCCAUUUUUAGCAUGUUCCAGAACUGAUGAGACUUCUCCCAGCUUGGACUGAGUGUUCCUAAAUAGAAUCAAAGUAAAUGAUCACCCAUCUGGAGCACAUAAAGGUGACACACAACCUUUCCUCUGACAUGACACUCUACAGAUGAAAUAGCUAUUCCUAGUCAGAGCAUCUACGUGUGGGCUGGCCAGCAUGGAGUUCACAUUGUCCUACAACAUUAUGCUUUUUGAGAAAGCAUAUCAGUUACUUGGACUGGCUUACAUACAGCCUGAUUUAUGGCACUUCAGUUUGCCUUUAGUACUAUAGAGAUGGUAUUUUCAUAUCUUGGACUUUAAAAAGCAUAAGGGCUUUUUUUAAAAAAGUGAAAACAAGGGCUACCUACAACAAGCUAAAUACACACAGAGUAGGAAAGUGCCCAAGAGGACCACUACCCAACUCUCCUAGCUGUAGUGCGUAGUGUUUACAUGGCAGCAGACCCUCUUUGCCUUAGUAAGGAUGCUUUGGUGAACCAUGGCCUUACAGUGGGCACAUCAGCAUAGACACAAUAUAACGUUUGUCUAAGGUUAGGCCAAGGUGGCAUUCAUUUGAUUUUGUUUGGGUUUUGAUUUUGUAUGCUGUAUGUACUGAAACUGAGUUUUUAAAGGCCUUACUUUUUAUUAUUUUUUUAAUAGAAAUAAAACUUUGUGGAUUUAUGAAUGAUGUGUGUGUGGAUGUGGAUGUGUGUGUGUGGGUGUGUAUACAUGCAUACGCACACAGACACAGGUCUGAAAUGUAGUACAUGCCUCAUAUUCAGGGCCCAUCCUAUUGAUUGUAACAGAAGGUGUGUUGCUUUCCAUUAAACAACAGAAGCUCAGCUGGAUCACCGAUCGUCCCGCAUCAGCUGAAGUGUCACUGGAUCCCUCUAGUAAUUAUUUUUGGGCUCCUGCUAGAUUUAUCUGAUACUACACAGAUAACUUUGGAUUAAUUUACACAGCAGAUUUCUGCAAGGUGGAUACAAGAACUUGUCACUGAAGUUCUCUGUGGACAAAUACUUUGCUAAGUAGUAAAGUCAGCUCAACAAGGAGAUGGGCAAUGGGCUUGUCUGGAACAUGGAUCGGAUUGGACUGUGAACAAUUCAUCACCAUGACAGCAAUAAAUGCCAGCAUUCAACUUCACUUUUUAAAAAACAAUAUUUUAAAUGCAGCAUUUUUGGAGGUUUUUUCCUAUUAGAACUGGUGAACAUGCUUACAGGGAAUUUGCUGUGAACCUGCACUCAUUGCUCUGUGAAACAAAUUUCCAUGAAAUAUUAAGAUACAUCUUCAAUGAAAGAAAGAAAGAAAGAAAGAAAGAAAUUUCUGGUGUUGAUUGUAAUUUUUCACAAGAUAGCCUAGCCUCUUUGGCCAAUAACAUUGUGUUUCAAGUGCAUUGUUGGAUCGUCCUUCUGGAGCAGGACAAGAGGAUAUUUUUAGGAUUGUAGCAGUGUUUUCCAGCAUUUAUGUUUUUGGAUGUUUAAGAAUCGAAUUAAUCAAGAGAUGAUGAUGGCCAAAAAGCCUUUGAGAAACCAUGAACUCUGGUAAAGUUUAGUUUGUGUGUGUGUGUGUGUGUAUAUGUGUGCGUGUGUGUCUCUCUCUCUCUGUCCAUGGUAAUUGCACAGAUGCAAAUAUAUUGACAUGUAUACAAAGUCAGCUCUGUAGUUGGUGUUACAUUUGUUCAAAUCUGCUAUUACUGAAGACUGUUCCUUGACCGAAAAUUAAGAAGACUGCUGAUUUGUACUCUCUCAAAUGACUUUAUUGCACUAUAGAGCAGCUCAGUCUCAGGAAUUUACUUGUUACUUUGACUAUGUAAAUAAAGCUUUCUGAUUCUAUAA